AUGGCCAAAUGUCAGAUGAUACAUCUAAGGCCUUGGCUUGCUUCUACCCUUGUGCUUUACAUGCUUUUACAGAAUGGCGGAGCUAUCAGUCCCGAUGGUGAGGCACUUCUAAGUUUCAAAAAUUCCAUUGUUGGGUCAGACACUGUACUUUCAUUUUGGAGGCCAGAAGAUCCCGACCCAUGUGGUUGGAGAGGUGUAACUUGUGAUCGGAUAACCAAGAGAGUGGUAUAUUUGAGUCUGAAGGACCGCAGGUUGAGUGGACCUAUAUCAGCUGACCUUGGGAAGCUAGACCGCUUGAGGAUUCUGGCUCUAUAUAACAAUAACUUCUAUGGAAAUAUUCCUUCUGAUUUGGGAAAUUGCACCGAGUUACAGGGAUUAUACUUGCAAGGUAACUACUUGAGCGGAGUUAUUCCAAAUGAGCUGGGAAAUCUAUCGCAGCUUCAGUACCUGGAUGUCUCAAGCAACUCACUUAGUGGGUCUAUUCCCCAGUCACUUGGGAAACUCAGCAAACUCGUUAAUUUCAAUGUCUCGAAUAACUUUCUCAUGGGGCCAAUACCAUCAGAGGGUUCACUUACCAAGUUUCCCGACAGCUCGUUUGCUGGAAAUAAAGGUUUGUGUGGGAAGCAGAUCAAUGAAGCUUGUAAAAAUGAUAACGGGCCAUCCAAUAAUUCAUCUGGGCCUCUGUCAGCUCUAGGUCAAGGAGGCAAGAAGAAAUACCCUGCACGGUUGCUUGUCAGUGCAUUUGCAACCAUUGGUGCUCUGCUCCUUGUUGCACUCAUGUGCUUCUGGGGCUGUUUUCUCUACAAAAAGUUCGGCAGAAAUGAAAGUAGCAGUAUUGCAAUGGAUGUUAGCGGAGGUGCAUCAAUUGUUAUGUUUCAUGGGGACUUGCCAUACUCUUCGAAAGACAUUAUUAAGAAGUUGGAGACCUUGACGGAGGAGCAUGUGAUAGGUUGUGGGGGCUUUGGGACAGUCUAUAAGCUGGCAAUGGAUGAUGGCAGUGAGUUUGCCUUAAAGAGAAUUGUUAAGAUGAAUGAAGGCUUUGACCGCUUCUUUGAGAGGGAGCUUGAGAUUCUUGGAAGUAUAAAACAUAGACACCUAGUGAAUUUGCGAGGAUACUGUAAUUCUCCAACAUCAAAAUUGUUGAUAUAUGACUAUCUACCUGGCGGCAGCCUUGACGAAGUACUCCAUGAAAGAUCUGAACAGCUGGAUUGGGAUGCACGCCUGAAUAUCAUUGUGGGAGCUGCGAAAGGACUCGCGUACUUGCAUCAUGAUUGUUCCCCUAGGAUCAUACAUCGAGAUAUAAAGUCAAGCAAUAUCUUACUCGAUGGCAAUUUAGAGUCUCGAGUGUCUGACUUUGGUCUUGCUAAAUUGUUAGAAGAUGAAGAGUCACACAUUACAACCAUUGUUGCUGGAACCUUUGGUUACUUGGCUCCUGAGUACAUGCAAAGUGGUAGAGCGACAGAAAAGACGGAUGUUUAUAGCUUUGGGGUGCUGGUGCUUGAAGUAUUAAGUGGAAAGCGACCAACUGAUGCAUCAUUCAUUGAGAAGGGUCUCAAUAUUGUUGGUUGGUUAAAUUAUCUGGCAUCUGAGAGUAGGCAACAGGAGAUAGUGGAUCCACAUUGUGAGGGUCUGCAAGCUGAAAGUCUUGAUGCCCUGCUUUCCGUUGCCAUCAGAUGUGUAUCUUCGAGUCCAGAAGAUCGCCCCACGAUGCACAGGGUGGUUCAGUUGCUGGAAUCAGACGUCAUGACCCCAUGCCCAAGUGAAUUCUACGAUUCCAAUUCCGAGUAA